UGUGCUUUAAAGUAAAAAAAAAAAUAAGUAAAUAAAUAAAUAAAACACAGCAAGUGUCGCUCGAGUGCAUGUCGACGCGAGAGUUCUUAAAGUGUCCCAAGUGAAGGUGGAAAAUGUGUGCGAAUCCGAUUUGGGGAGUGUUCGUCCACCCAACACAAUCGCACCCAAGCAGUGUUUAAUUAACAAAGAAACAAAAAACGAACAAAGUGAUUCCAAAAAACAACCAGCAACAAAGAAGAAGACAAGCCGCGUUGUCUUAAUCGAAAACAGAAACAGUUGCCAUUCUCGAUAGACAAUGCUUGAAUUCUAUCCAAUGCCCACAAAUUUAUGUCGUGGCGCUGGUUUUUAUCCUCACCAUCAGAAUCAUGGCGGCACGCGUUCCUUUAACAAUGCCCCCAAUUCGGUCGGGUCAGCAAUUAACGCACCUGGAUUAAAUAGUGGCAAUUGCGGACAACAGCAACAUCAGCAUCAACAGCAACAGCAACAGCAUCAACAGCAACAGCAUCAACAAAAACAAUUGACUGCCUCUCCGACGCAUGCAGCAUGCGCCCCAAUUAAUAGAAGCAACAGCAGCACACCCACAACCGCAGCUACUUCAGCGUCAGCGUUUAAAAAUGUGUACGGAAGAAUUGAUCAAAGGAAAUUAACCGCUAAAGCACGUAAGGAACGCCGCAAACAAAAACUCAUCGUGUAA